AUGAGCGUGGCCGCCUGGGCUGCCAUCGCGGGUCCCCCCCCCCAGAGGACCACCUUCCUCCGCCGCCGUCACCGCCCCCUCCAACCCAACCCGUCAACUGCUCCGGUGAGACCACCCGACUUUCUCUCACUUCCCUCCGCCCCUCCCCUCCCCCGCCCUCACCUCACGACCUCCCUCCCUCCCUCGCCGGCCCCCCACGAGGAGCACCGCCGGAGACUCCUGCACAGGACCCUCGUCGUUGAGAACAUCCACCACACCCGCCGGCUGAAGAACCUCCUCACCCACCUCUCCGACGGCGGCGCCGCCACUCCCCUCCGCCUCAUCGAGGAAGACGACGACGGCGGUGUCGCCACCCCCCUCCAUCUCAUGGAGGAAGUCGACGACGGCGGCGGCGACGACUGGAGCAGCGAGGAGCUCUGGGCCGCCGCCGGGUUCCUCGUGGAGAGCCGUCGCCCCUCAGAGGCCCUGAAGAUAUUCGACGAGUGGAGGAGGAGGAGGUCCCCAGGAAGAGCGACGGCGGCGAACUUCUCCAGGCUCGCCCGCCUGCUCUGUGGCGGCGGCGCAAUGGAAGAAGCGGGUUCUGUUUUCCGACAGAUGGCGGCGCUCGAUUUACCGGUUCCCGUCUCGGUCUACAACUCCCUCGUUGAUGGGCUCGCUGGAGAUGGCGACCUCGCUGGCGCCGGCGAGGCGCUCCGGCGGAUGCCGGAGCUGGGCCUCUCGCCCUCGCCGGAGACCUUCCACGGCCUCCUCCGAGCUUUCGGGAGAAAGGGGAUGUACGACGAGAUGAGUAGAUGGGUGAAGAAGAUGAUCGCAGAGGGCUGCCCCCCCAACGCCUCCACCUUCAACCUCCUGAUCAUGGAGUUCGCCGGAGGAGGCCUCCUGGAGAAGAUGGAAGCAACCCACCGGACCCUCCUUUCCAGGAGGAUGAAGCUCCUCCCCGCCGCCGUCGCCGCCAUGAUCCAGGCCUACGCUGAGGUGGGCAACCUUGAAAAAAUGGAGAAGAUGUACAGGAGAUUCUCCGGUUGCAGAGCUCCCCUAAGGGAGGAUCUGAUCAGGAAGAUGGCUCUGGUUUACAUCCAGAAUUACCGGUUUGCUCGAUUGGAAGAAUUCGGUAACGAGAUCGCGUCAAGAACAGGGAGGAAUAGGAGGACCCAUCUGGUGUGGCGGCUCCUCCUGCUCGCCGCCGCCCUGCUCUUGAGCCGCCGGGGGAUGGAAUCCAUCGCCGGCGAGAUGAAGGCCGCAGAAGUCACCCCCCACAUAACCUUCACCAACAGCAUCGCAUUAGCUCACGCCAAGAUGAAGGAUUUCAGGGAUCUGGAGGCCCUGCUCUCGAAGAUCGGAGAAGAAGAUGGAGGAGAGCUCAGGCCUGAUCUGGUCACUGUUGGCGUCCUCUUUGAUGCCUGCUCAGACGGGUUUAAUGGUGGCCGGGUGCUGGAUAUCUGGAGGAGGAGGAGAUUUCUGGAGCAGUCGGCAGUGAUGGAGACCGAUCCUCUGGUAAUUGCCGCAUUUGGGAAGGGCCGCUUCAUCAAGAGCUGCGAGGAGGCCUUCUUCUCCACGGUCGGAGGAGGGGAGGAAGGGAGCAGGAAAGCUUGGACCUAUGUUGAUCUGAUAAGGUUGGUCUUCCAUGGUGGCAAGCUGAGGUCUUAUCUGGGGAAGACAACCACGGCGACGAUCAUCCACUGA